UUUGUCAUUUCAGUUGCUGAAGGUCUGGGAGCAUCAGUGAGGCAGGGUGCAGAUUUUACACACACACACACAGGAGAAAGAGGACAGGGAGGGAGAGCAAAGAUCGGAUUAGUUAGGGAACAAACCUGCAUCAAACCAAAUUCAAAGCCCCAGCGAAGUUUUAACUUGAGUGAAGAGUUACAGAUCAAAAGAACUCAACAAAAAAAACUCCCCUACUCAACUCCAUCACUGCGAUCUGAGACCAGGAAAAUGAGGCUGUUGCUUGUGGUUUGUUUGCUCGGUUCCUGGUCAACCACCUUUCUAAACCUUAUCAAUGCCACCACUCUGACAAUGACAUUAAAAACGAAGCUCACCUCCACUGGAACUACUCAGAGGAUGAGCUCACCCACCAUCACACCAAAGUCCAGCACUGUGACACAAACGACUGAAACCGCUCCAGCUUCACGUGCUGGAGAUGAAAAAGGAAAAACCAGUGUUGCAACUGAACAACCCAAAGUGACCUCGAUCACUGCCAGUACAUCUUCAGAAGCAACGACCACCGUAAAGAUUUCGCUGACCACAGACACACCUGUAACAAGCCUAAUUCAGAGCACCAUUCCAUCUGUUCAACCUCAAAAUGCCAACUCAUCACCUGCUCCUCAUUCAACUGAUAGCACUGCCUCCUCAAUGAAAAGCUCCCCAAUUCAAAGCUCCACAGGAUUGUCUGGGACUGAAAACAGUAACAUCACGAGUAUACAAAGUACCACUGCCGGUCCGUAUGGCACAACAGCAGCAGCAGAUUCUGGCCAGGUUGCACUGAGUUCAACGCAAACUCCUAAGACAUCCGAAUCAACAUCAUUCAGCAGCAAAGCCACAGACACCACCGUCAUACAAGCAACAACAGCUGGCCCCCAGACUAGUGAAACCACAUUGCAAAAUACAUCGACUAACGAGUUUUCCACAACUACUCCCACAAGUAUUCCAUCAACCGAAUCGAAAAGUAAAUCUACAUCCACAGAGACACAGGACAUUGUGAUUACAAUGGUGCAGAGAAAUGAUACAAACAUAACUGUAAAGGUCUCUUGUGGGCCUGAAGGCAGCGAGGAAGAUGACUACCUGGAGUUUGAUAAGUUUAUCAACUGCAGUAUGUACGUGCGCGACAAAGGAAAGAAGCUGGGUCAGUUGCUGUGCGGGAGUCUCAUCAAGAAACAAAACAUCGAAGGAUGCAGCCACUGUUUAAUCAAGCUCAGUAAGGUGAAAACUUCCGACAGAAGGCUAAACAUCGAUAUCUCCUUUAAAGUGGAUACAAAUAAUGUCAAAAGUGUUCUGAGUGAAACAAAGGAAGAACUGAAAGAGUUGGGUAUUCGGUUUUUUGCCAACCAAGGACACAAAAUUGAGCAGCAGACACCAUCCGAGCUCAAGAAACGCAUUGCCAUGGUGGUAACUGGCGCCUUGCUGCUGCUCAUCUUGCUGUCGGUUGUUGUGUACAGGUGUUCACAACGCAAGUCACACAACAAGAAGGAUCAAUACCUCACCGAGGAGACUCAGCCAGUGGACAACGGUUGCCAUGACAACUUGGCCAUGGACAUCACCGAAUGUGAGCCGGAGAUGCAGGAAAAGCCGAGCUCAAAGGUCAACAUGCAAGACAACAUGGACAACUGGAUUGUUCCCAUGGAUAGCCUGACCAAGGAUGAGGUGGAGGAGGAGGACACUCACUUAUAAAGCAGCUGAACUAUAAGAUGACUGCUCCCUCCAGCCCCACUACACUCCCAUAUGAUUGCUUCAUUAUAUAGGGAUCUUAUACCGCCAACAGAACUGAACCUUUCACCCAAGCAGCAACCUCCUGACCUCCAUAUUAUUUUUAAUAGGUUUGGUUUUAUUUGGGAAAUCAGAGGUUCCAGGAUUUAUUGAGGUCUGUUACGAACAUAGCCGUCACUUCACAAGUAAUCUGGAUGCCUGAUGCUCCAAAGACACAAGUUCAAAUCCUGCCUCAGAACUUUAGAAUUGAAAAUCGAGUUUCGAACGUAAUCUGAAAUGAAAAGGUCAUCUCAUCACCGAUGGCCCUGAGAUUAUGGAUUGAUAGGAAAAUCCCAUCUGGUUCACCAAUGCCCUUGAUAGAGAGAAAUCUGCCACCUUUCUCCGGCCUGUUCUAUACAUGAUUCCAGAUUAGCAUCCAUGUGGUUGAUUCUCAAAUGCCUACCCCCGUCCACCACCCCAGAAAUAGCCCUAGCAUGCUAUUCGGUUCCAGUCCAAUGUAUGGUGGGUAAUAAAUAUUGGCCUUACCGACAAUACCCAUAUCCCACAUAGGAAUUCCAAAGCAGAAUGCACUGGGUCAUUGUUAAAAAAACGUGCUAAGGGCUGAGCCAGUAAAUUUGAACAAAUUAUUCCAAGGGAGAAUAUUUCUAGUGAAUUUACUAUCAAGUGUCUAAUGAAAGUCUGCAAUUUGCAGGUCACUGCUGUGAGCAAAAUGAAAAGGGCAUUCAUAAAUAGUAUUUUUUUCUAUUAACAUUUUCUUUGAACACUUUUGUUAUAAAACUCUCUGAUAUGUCAGUACUUCCCAGACAUUUCGAUCCCCCCACAUUCAGAGCCGAGUGUGUGAUGGGCCCUGAGUGGGUGACAGCUGUUGUCAGUGUCAAAACUGCACAGUGGCCAAUCAAAUAAGGAAUUGUGGAUGCCAGCGAUCUGUAAAAAAAAAUAGAAAUUGCUGCGGAAACUCAGCAGUGUGGAGAGAAAGCAGAGUUAUCGCUUCGAGUCCAGUAACACGUUCAUGAGUUCUGAUGAAGAUUUUCUGAUGGAGAGUCACUGGACUUGAAAGGUUAACUCUGCUUUUUCCCAACAGAUAUACAGAGCUUUUCCAGGAAAUUUCCGUUGUAGUCCACUGCGACUGUUGCUGCUUCAGAGCUCAUAACCCCACAUUUUCUGCCCGUGACCCCAUUUUGGGGUCCCAACUCCCACUUUGAUUUUCUUCCACGGGGCUUCCCAAAGACUUGUUUCAGUGACAGCCAGAAAUUUGACAAACAGGUGAUAUUCACUUCACAAAGGAACCUCUAAGAGUGGACAUGUUGGGUGACCAGUAGUGGGAAAUUGAGGUGCAGGGAAAUGGACCUUUGCAGGUCAUGUAAUGAAACGUCCCCAGUUGGGCCCAACCAGGGUUGGGCAACUUUUAAGAAGAGAAGCACCUUGAACUUCUAACCCCUCGACAUUGAUAUCUGGGACUAAUGGAGUGGUGCUCCGAUAUGGAAAAGGUUCCUAACUUCACAAAAAGUGAAAACCCCAAAGUUCAAUCAGUCAACUUCCAGAACACCAACACCGUCCAGUCACCUUCCAGAACAGCAACGCCACCCAAUCACCUUCCAGAACACCAACGCCGCCCAAUCGCCUUCCAGAACAGCAACACCGCCCAAUCACCUUCAAGAACACCAACACUGCCCAAUCACGUGCAUUACAAAGCAGAAGAAUCUGGCUUUAACUAUUUCAUGUUGGAAUUGCAGUCACAAUUUUUUCAGGUAAAAUACUUGAGCCCCCCCCCCCACCCCAGUGAGUUGAGACACCACAGACUACCAUCUAACACAGUGACUAAUGCUGAGGAGACAAAUCAGUUUUUUAUUAUAGACUGAGAACAUCAGAUGGUUUUGUAGAGUGGUGGAUGCGGAGUCAUUAUUUUGUUGCAAAGCCCCAUGUUUAAACAAAAAUAUUCAAAUCUUUUGACACCUCUGUAGCAAUAUCAGAUAAAUUGGCCAGGAACGUUACCUGUCCCUGUAGGAUUAUAUUGGUAAGGCCUAUAAUUUUUCCAAAAUUUUCCACUGAUGGUGUGACUUUACAUUUUUUCUAUGGAAGUUGGAUCUUUAACACUUAAUCUCAGUGUAAUUGGAUCAUCACACAAAUGGGGCACAUCCAUCAACAGAACGAAUGAAUCUUUCGAUGGAUUUGAAUUUUACAUUCCCCUAGCCUUCAACAUGUCUGCUCAUUGCUCACUGCUGCUGAGUUAUACAUCAUCAGUGUUGGGCUUCUGUUUAUCCUAAGCUGCUAAUCUCAGAGUAGCGUAGCUCCAUAAAUUAGAAUUCUUGCCUGACUUCUAAACAUUUUUAAACAAAUCAGUUAGAUUUUUUUUUAAACUUACAGAUUGGAAAAGGGGACAUUAUGUCCCAUCUUGUGUCUGCCCCUGAAGGUGGGAUUACAGCAUUGACCGGCUCUCCAAGUGAAAGAAAGAAUACUUACGUAGCAUCUUACAUAAAACAUCCCAAAAUGUUUUACAGCCAAUGUUGAAAUGCAACCGUUGUAAUAUCAGUAUGGUUGCACAUACCUGGUUCUGGGAAACAGUAGUGCAAUAAUGGACCACCUAAUCUAGUUGUGAUGCUGACUGAGCUCUUUCUUUCAUUGGUGCUAUGGGAUUUUUAUACGUCCACCUGAAAGAGGAGACAGGGCAUCUUCAUUUAACAUCUCAACUAAAAGACAGCACCUUCAACAGGGGAGCAUUCCCUCUGUUAUAUAGUGGACUGUGCACCUAGAAUUUAGUGAAGUCAUCUCUCUACUUGAAUCUGAAACCUCAGACUCCAGUGAAAGUGCUACCCGCUCCAUUAUCUAAAGAGAAGACAACUGCCAACAUUCUUCCCUCUGUGUUACCCUUGCCAUCCCAUAUACACAAUCCAUCAUUCUCUUUCCCCUCACCAUAUCAUCAGCCUCUUUGUCUCUGCCAAAGGUUCCACAGUAGUCAAAGGGUUUUUUCCAGGACAGCAGUAAUUAUUCACUACAAUUCCACUUUCAAUACUUGAGACAGUUCCAGAGACACAAUAAUUCUGUCACUCUUCUUUAUCUUUAAAAUAAUCACCAAUCCAGGCUUACAGACCCGUCCACGUUUAUGAUUAAGUUUACUUUAAGGGACAAUGUAAAUGAAGCUAGGGCAUUUUAAAUUGCUAUGCACAAAACUGGUUGUGGGAAAUGCAUAGAACAGUCCACGUGUAGCUGUUGGUUCAGAGAGUAAAUGUUUUCUUUAUUAAUCAUUAAAUAAGUCAUCAGGCCACACAUUGGAAUAGUCAAACUGUUAAGUCAUACCCAAUUACCGUUCUCAAUCAAUAAAUCUUUAUAGCUGCUCUACAGAUGAUUGUUUAAUAGGCUGGGUUGCAUCCAUUCCCCUGACCACUCAAAACCAGAAAUUGCUGGGAAAACUCAGCUGGUCUGGCAGCAUCUGUAGAGAUGUUUCAGGUCCAGUGACCCUCCUUCACUUGGUGUGUGUACUGCUCCACAUCCAUGUUAAUGAAAUGAGUCCGUUUUAACAGAAAGAUGUACUGUCACAAAGAGACCUCUGUACAUAUUAUCAGUAGUUGUGUUAACAAAUAAAUACAGCACCUAAUAAAAUAAUCCUUAAAUUC